CGCGGGCGGCGCCGGGCCGGGGCGGGGGCUCCUGGUCCCGCGCGGGGCUCCCGGACGGGGCCGGGACCCUCGGGGAGAAAGUCGAUUGGAUGCCCGGAGAGGCGCCCGCGGGGGCCUGCUCUCUCCCCCUGCUCCCUCCUUCCCGUGGGUUCACCAAAUCAGAGCUGUCACUCAGGCCUGUGAGUCAGGCGGGAUCGGGUUACACGGUCCUGGAAACCGAUGCCGGAGCCGCCGGGGCGGGAGGGCGCGGGCAGGGGCUGCUCCUCGGGCGCGCUCCUCACUCGCGGUCGCGCACACUCGCCGCCCCGACUCGCCCUCCCCGCGGCCGCCCGCGCCGCUCCGCCGGCGGCCCGCACCCUCCGGGCCCAGCCCCGCCGCCCGCCGCCGCCCGAGCGGCCGGCGCCCCGCGCCUCGCGGAGCCGGGACCGCCCGCCCGCGCCCGGGACGCGGGUGUCCGGGAAGUUAGGGGACUUGACAGCCGCCGCCGCCGCAGGUGUUCCUGGUACCAGAGAGCUGAAGUAAUGAGAAGGCAUCAUGGAGGCCCAGUCCCACAGCUCCCUGACCACUGAGAAGAAAAAAGUUGAGAAUUCUGUAGUAAAAUGCUCUACUCGAACAGAUGUCAGCGAGAAAGCGGUGGCCUCCAGCACUACUUCCAAUGAGGAUGAAAGUCCUGGACAGACCUAUCACAGAGAGAGAAGAAACGCAGUCACUAUGCAGCCACAGAGUGUCCAGGGGCUUGGCAAGAUCAGCGAGGAGCCUGCCACAUCUAGUGACGAGCGGGGCUCGCUGAUCAAGAAGGAGAUCCAUGGGUCCCUGCCCCACCUGGCUGAGCCCUCCAUCCCAUACCGCGGGGCCGUGUUCGCCAUGGACCCCAGGAACGGUUACAUGGAACCUCACUACCACCCUCCUCACCUGUUUCCUGCAUUCCACCCUCCUGUGCCAAUCGAUGCCAGACAUCAUGAGGGGCGUUACCAUUAUGAUCCGUCUCCGAUUCCUCCACUGCAUGUGAAAGCCUCCAGUAACAUGCAGAGGCCUUCUGCCUUAUCGAGUAGCCCAACGUAUUCGGACCUGCCCUUCAUUAGGAUCUCCCCGCACCGGAACCCUGCUGCCGCCUCCGAGUCCCCCUUCAGCCCUCCACAUCCCUACAUCAACCCGUACAUGGACUAUAUCCGCUCUCUGCACAGCAGCCCAUCCCUCUCCAUGAUCUCCGCAGCCCGGGGGCUGAGUCCCACAGAUGCGCCCCACGCGGGAGUCAGCCCAGCAGAGUACUAUCAUCAGAUGGCUCUGUUAGCUGGCCAGCGCAGCCCCUACGCAGACAUCCUUCCCACGGCGGCCACCACUGGCGCUGGGGCCAUCCACAUGGAAUAUUUUCAUGCCAUGGACAGCACCAGAUUCCCCAGCCCCAGGCUGUCAGCCAGGCCAAACCGAAAACGUACACUGUCUAUAUCACCACUGUCCGAUCAUAGCUUUGACCUUCAGACCAUGAUAAGGACGUCUCCCAACUCCUUGGUCACAAUUCUCAAUAAUUCCCGCAGCAGCUCUUCAGCAAGUGGCUCCUAUGGUCACUUAUCUGCAAGUGCAAUCAGCCCUGCCUUGAGCUUCACCUACCCUUCUGCGCCUGUGUCUCUCCACGUGCAUCAACAAAUCUUAAGCCGACAGCAGAGCUUAGGCUCAGCCUUUGGACACAGCCCUCCGCUUAUCCAUCCUGCCCCAACAUUUCCAACACAGAGGCCUAUUCCCGGGAUCCCGACGGUUCUGAACCCUGUCCAGGUCAGCUCUGGCCCUUCGGAGUCCUCACAGAACAAGCCCACGAGCGAGUCUGCGGUGAGCAGCACUGGCGACCUGAUGCACAACAAGCGAUCCAAGAUCAAACCUGAUGAGGACCUCCCCAGCCCGGGGCCGCGGGGGCAGCAGGAACAGCCGGAAGUAACCACCCUGGUGAAGGAGGAAGGGGACAAAGAUGAAAGCAAGCAGGAGCCUGAAGUCAUCUAUGAGACCAACUGCCACUGGGAAGGCUGCACCCGGGAGUUUGACACCCAGGAGCAGCUGGUGCACCAUAUAAACAAUGACCAUAUUCAUGGAGAGAAGAAGGAAUUUGUGUGCCGGUGGCUAGAUUGCUCCAGAGAGCAGAAGCCCUUCAAAGCCCAGUAUAUGCUGGUGGUGCAUAUGAGACGACACACAGGAGAGAAACCUCACAAAUGCACUUUUGAAGGUUGCACAAAGGCCUACUCGAGACUCGAAAACUUGAAAACACACUUGAGAUCUCACACUGGAGAGAAGCCAUAUGUCUGUGAGCAUGAAGGUUGCAACAAGGCUUUCUCGAAUGCUUCCGAUCGUGCCAAGCACCAAAACAGAACACAUUCCAAUGAGAAACCAUAUGUGUGUAAAAUCCCAGGCUGCACUAAGCGCUACACAGACCCCAGCUCUCUCCGGAAACACGUGAAGACCGUGCACGGCCCAGAGGCUCAUGUCACCAAGAAGCAGCGUGGGGACAUCCAUCCUCGGCCCCCACCACCGCGGGAUUCCGGCAGCCAUUCCCAGUCCAGGUCACCUGGCCGGCAGACUCAGGGAGCCCUUGGUGAGCAGAAGGACCUCAGCAACACUACCUCAAAGCGGGAGGAAUGCCUCCAAGUGAAAACGGUCAAGGCGGAGAAGCCCAUGACAUCUCAGCCAAGCCCUGGUGGUCAGUCUUCAUGCAGCAGCCAACAGUCCCCCGUCAGCAACUAUUCCAACAGUGGGCUCGACCUUCCUCUGAGCGAAGGAGGUGGUGUGGGAGACCUCGGUGCCAUCGACGAAACCCCAAUCAUGGACUCGACCAUUUCCACUGCAACCACAGCCCUCGCUCUGCAAGCCAGGAGAAACCCAGCAGGGACCAAAUGGAUGGAGCACGUCAAACUAGAAAGGCUCAAACAAGUGAAUGGCAUGCUUCCGCGACUGAACCCCAUCCUACCCCCCAAAGCCCCUGCCGUCUCUCCUCUCAUAGGAAACGGCACCCAGCCCGGUAACAGCUGCAGUGUGGGCGGGCCCGUGACCCUCCUCCCGAACAGAAGCGACCUCUCCGGGGUGGACGUCACCGUGCUGAACGUGCUCACCAGGAGGGACAGCAGCGCCAGCACCAUCAGCUCGGCCUACCUGAGCAGCCGCCGCUCCUCGGGCAUCUCCCCCUGCUUCUCCAGCCGGAGGUCCAGCGAGGCGUCCCAGGCCGAGGGCCGGCCCCAGAACGUGAGCGUGGCCGACUCCUACGACCCCAUCUCCACCGACGCCUCCCGCCGGUCCAGCGAGGCCAGCCAGUGCGACGGGCUGCCCAGCCUGCUCAGCCUCACGCCGGCCCAGCAGUACCGCCUGAAGGCCAAGUACGCGGCCGCCACCGGCGGGCCCCCGCCCACGCCGCUGCCCAACAUGGAAAGGAUGAGCCUGAAGACCAGGAUGGCCCUGCUCGGGGACGGCAGGGAGUCCGCGGGGACCCUGCCGCCCGUCCACCCUCCCCGGAGGUGCAGCGACGGGGGAGCCCACAGUUACGGGCGGCGGCCCCUGCUGCCCCCGGACGCGCUGGGCCACGGCGUGAGGAGAGCCAGCGACCCAGUGAGGACGGUCUCGGAGGGCCUCUCCCUGCCCAGGGUGCAGCGUUUCAACAGCCUCAACAGCUUCAACCCUCCGGCCUUGCCUCCAGCCCUGGAAAAGCGUAGCUUAGUGCUGCAGAACUACACGCGGCCGGAGGGCGCUCCGGCCCGCCACUUCCGCACGUCCCCCUGUCCUCCAAGCAUCGCCGAGAACGUCACCCUGGAGGCCCUGACCAUGGACACCGACGUGAGCCUGAACGAUGAGGACUUCCUGCCCGACGACGUGGUGCAGUAUCUAAACGCCCAGAACCAAGCUGGCUACGAGCAGCACUUCCAGAGCGCCCUCUCUGAUGACAGCAAAGCGCCCCCGGGGCCCAGCCUGGGGAGCGGGCAUGGCGACUUCGAGCAGCCCGGGCUGCCCGACAGCCACGCCGGCCACGCUGGCCCGCAGUACCGCGAGCUGGAGCAGCCCUGCCCCGAGGCCAGCAAAGCCGACCUGCCCAUUCAGUGGAACGAGGUCAGCUCCGGCAGCGCGGACCUGUCCUCCUCCAGGCUCAAGUGUGGCCAGCGGGCCUCCGCGCAGCCAGCGCGGGCCUUCGGGCUGUACACCAACAUGAGCGCCCACCCCCAGAACCCCCUGGGGAGCGGGGCCGGCCCAGCGGGCGUCUUCCAGAGCCUCGGGGAGCACUGCAGCGCCUAUGGUGGGCCCGAGCACCUGGCGGUCCACUGUGGCGGGACCGGCACCAACAGAACUGUCUUCCAUGAACAGCCCUAUAAGGUCCAGCAGUACGGGAACUGCCUCAACAGGCAGCCUGGUGCCCCCGGCUUGCUGGACCCCGGUGCCAGCGGUGCUGGGAUGCAAGCGGCCAAGCUGAGAGGCACCAGCCUGCAGGGGAACGGGAGCCAGCCAGAGUUUAGCCUGUCCGCGAUGCCCAGCGAGUCAGCGGGCAGCACGGUGAAUGGCGUGCCAACCCGAUACCCGGUGGGACAGGGGUACCUGGCCCAUCCGAUGCUCAGCGACAGCGUGCACCACCAGGGGGCAGGCCGCCCCGGGCAGCCGACGCUGGGGCCGGUUAGCGCUACCUCACAUACCAAUGUCUAUCAAGGGCCAGAGAGCAGCCUGCCAGGGCCUCCCAGCCUCGGGGGCCCGCCGCCCAGCGUGGCGGCCGUCAGGGACUACCAGCCGUGCGCAGGCUACGGAGGCGGCCGGCGCCAGGCUGUGCCGAGAGGCAGCCUCGCUCUGCAGCCAGGACAGCCCAGUGACACCAGUCAGACCUGCAGGGUCAACGGCAUCAAGAUGGAGACACAAGGGCAGCCCCAUCAACUCUGCUCCAACAUGCAGAGUUACUCUGGUCAGUUCUAUGACCAAACCCUUGGCUUCAGUCAGCAAGACCUGAAAACUGGCUCGUUCUGUCUCUCGGAAGCCAGCUGCCUGCUCCAGGGGGCUGGCCCCGAGCACUCGGAGCUCCUGUCCCCGGGCGCGAACCAGGUGACCAGCACCGUCGACAGCCUCGACAGCCACGACCUGGAAGGGGUGCAGAUUGAUUUUGACGCCAUCAUAGAUGACGGGGACCACGCCAGCUUGAUGUCAGGAGCCCUGAGCCCCAGUAUCAUUCAGAACCUUUCCCAUAGCUCCUCCCGCCUCACGACGCCGCGAACGUCCGUGCCGUUGCCAGCGCUGUCUGUGAGCACCACCAACAUGGCCAUCGGGGACAUGAGUUCUUUGCUGACCUCCCUCGCGGAAGAAAGCAAAUUCCUUGCAGUUAUGCAAUAGGCUCUGGGGGAAAAGGACUGCCAACAACUUCAGGAGUUUAAACGGUUACAUUGAGUCAGUUUUUUGCUUGUUUUUUGUUUUUUAGUUCUGUAUGUAUUUUAGCAAUCUCAUCUCACAUCUUGGGAUGUGUUUCAAGUAUAUUCCUUUUAUGGAAAAGGACUCUGAAAAACCCUAAAGUAUUCUAGGGAGAAACUGUCUUCCAUUUCAGUUUGAAUCAGUAUUGUUACACUCGAAACAUCCCCCUUUUU